ACCGCAAGCGUGUCUCGUACACUAGCAAUAUCCAUGUUGAAGUCUCUUGAUAGUGAUACUGAAAAUUUGUAUGAAAAUAACCCACUAAAAUCUUGAACUCCAACGGACAUUUUAAAACAGCGCUAAAGGUUAUUUGUAUUUUCUGACGCGGAGGAAAAGUUAUCAUUAACUCGCCAACCUGCGCUUUGACUUUACCUACCAACCGCCAUGAAGAUCAAGAGACAGAAACAAGCCAAGAAAACCAUCAGCUUCUACAAAUUCAACUUCAACUUCAGGGAACCCUUUCAGAUCCUCAUUGACGGGACUUUUUGUCAGGCGGCGUUGAAAAACAAGAUCCAGAUCAAAGAGCAGAUGCCCAAGUACCUGAUGGGGGAGGUGCAGCUGUGCACCACAAACUGUGCACUGAAAGAACUGGAGACCCUGGGGAAACAGUUGUAUGGAGCCAAAAUCAUCCUGCAGAGGUUCCAGGUCAGGAAAUGUCCACAUUUCAAGAACCCAGUCCCUGCUUCAGAGUGUCUGCUGUCCAUGCUGGAGGAGACAAACCCACACCACUACUUUGUAGCCACACAGGACCACACAGUGACCACAGGCCUGAAGAAGAUCCCCGGCGUUCCCCUCCUCUACAUCAUCCUCAACACCAUCGUGCUGGACAAACCCAGCCAGGCGUCCCUCGACCACGUCCAGGCCGUCCAGCUGGGGGAGCUGGUGAGCCCGGCCCAGCAGCAGAGCAUCCGCAGCCUGAAGGAGGAGCAGGGCAUCGGCCAGAGGGACGGAGAGAGGCGAGGGAAGAAGAGGAAGAGGAAACAGAGCAAUCCGAACCCUCUGAGCUGCCUGAAGAAGAAGAAGAAGACGAAGGGAGUGCCGACACCGCCGCUGAAGAAGACAGAGCAGGGGGAGAAGAGGAAAAGAAGUCGACACAAGAAACGAAAGACGGAGGGAGGAGAUAACAUGUCUGCUCCUGUAGUUACAAAUACAUAAUAUGGCAGGAAGACAGAGACUUAAGCCAUUUUGUUUCUUGCAUAAAUAUUAUUUGAAGAUGUCAAAGAUGUUGACGUUUAAUAUAAUCCCAAUCUAAAAUAAUUACACUCUACACAUUAACUUCUGGUCUGUUGUUCCAAUGUUACCACAAAGAACAAAUGAAUGUUUAUUACACAAAAUUCCAUUUUAAAAUACUGCUCACGGUAUUUGUUUUAUUUUGAAAGGUUUUGCAAGUUUCCUAGACCCGGGGCUUGCGGGCAUGGGACUGAAACUGUUCAGAAACAUAGCAAUAACUUUGAGAUUGAGAGGAUUUGUCUUGGCUUUUAUACAAAAUAAAAAAGCAGGUUUACAGGCA